AUGCCUGCCUUCUCCAGCCUCGCUUCUGGCCUCGCAGCCGCCCUCCUCCUCAGCCAGACCUCAGCCCAUUUCCUGCUCAACUACCCCACGUCGGUCGGCUUCGAUGAAGAAGUGGAAUCCGUCAUCCCAUGCGGCGGCUUCCCGGUCGACUUCUCUAGCGCCGAGGUAACCAAAUUCCACGUCUCCGGCGACAGCAUCGCCCUGCGCUCUACCCACCCAACCACGACCUGGCUCUUCCGUGCCACAAUCGGCGCGCCCAUCGCCGCCGGAAACUGGACCAUUCUCUCGGCGAGCAUCGAGCAGAAAAACAUGGGCGAGUUCUGUAGGAGCGACAUCAUGGUCCCAGAAAGUUUCGCCGGCAACAACGGCACGAUUGGUGUUGCAGCUAAUUCCCCGGAUGGGGUGCUCUACCAGUGCGCUGCAGUAUCGUUCGUCGCCGGCAGUGCGCCAGCCGUCCCCUCCUCUUGCAAGAACGGGACAGGCGUGACAGCCACCUACAAUGCCGACACUUCACUCUCUUCCCUCCCGCCCUCGACGGCCGGGACAGGUGACAGUGACUCCACCACACCAGCCAACGGCGCUGCGUCGUCGAGCUCGGCCGCUAGUCCGGGCGCGAUGAACGGGUACUCGUAUUCGGGCGUUGCGUCCCUGGCGUGGGUGGGCGUUGUUGGGAUGGCGACGUUCUUGGCGUGUUUCCUGUAG